AUGGAUGGCAAAGUAAAUAAUAACCCACCACGUUCUAGACAUAGAAGAACUUCUUCAUUAGAAGAAGUAGUGGAUCCUUUUUCCACUCCUGAUGUGUAUUAUGGGCCAAAAAGUGAUCCUUCAAAGCUUUUGAGCAAAAAUAGGUUUACCCGUACUAGAACAUUUAGUGUUGCGGAACCCGGUGGUGGUAAGGGACAUUCUUCGUCUUAUACUUCCCCUUAUUUCGAUACUACAGUGCCUCUACGGCGUAGAGGCUCUGAAGACGAUUCGUAUAGUGCAAGUCAAGGUCAGAGAAGAUUUUACAUCGAGGAUGUGGAUAAGACGCUAAAGGAGUUGUUAGCCAGUGAGGAUACCGAUGGGAACUACCAAAUUACUAUAGAGGAUACUGGUCCAAAAGUUAUCAGGGUUGGUACUGUAAAUUCGAACGGUUACAAGCAUGUGCAUAUUAGGGGUACCUAUAUGCUUUCAAACCUUUUGCAAGAGUUGACUUUAGCCAAACUUUUCAAUAGGAAACAGGUUAUCUUGGAUGAGGCAAGAUUGAAUGAAAAUCCAGUUAACAGGAUGACAAGACUGAUUAGUGGUCAAUUUUGGAAAUCAUUGACAAGAAGAAUUGACUCUAACAAUAUCGCAAAGAUUGCGUACGACACCAAGAUCGAUACACCAAAGGCGAAAAACCCUAGAAUCUAUGUCCCAUACAAUUGCCAAGAUGAAUAUCAACAAUUGGUCCAAUGGUCUGAAAUGGACCCAUCGUUACAACUUGAAGUCAAUUAUUUGCCAAAGGACAUUACUCCUGAAUUUGUGAAAUCCCUAAAUGAUAAACCGGGGCUUUUAUGUUUGGCAAUGGAAUCGCAUAUGGAUCCAGUCACUGGUGAGGAAACGUGGGUUGGGUUUCCUUAUGCGGUUCCUGGUGGUCGUUUUAAUGAACUUUAUGGGUGGGAUUCCUAUUUCAUGGCAUUAGGUCUCUUAGAGAGUAACAAAUUGGAUGUUGCCAGAGGUAUGGUUGAACACUUCAUCUUCGAAAUUGAUCACUAUGGGAAAAUCUUGAAUGCUAACAGAUCGUACUAUUUAUGUAGAUCACAGCCACCCUUCCUAACAGAUAUGGCACUACAGGUGUGUAGGAAGAUGGGUGGAGAUAAAAACCCGGUAGCUGUUGAUCUAUUGAGAAGGGCCUUUAAAGCGGCUAUCAAAGAAUAUUUAACUGUUUGGACGGCUAGUCCAAGACUAGAUGAAAAGACAGGUCUUUCGUGUUAUCAUCCUGAUGGUAUUGGUAUUCCACCAGAGACAGAGCCUGGUCACUUUGACUCCAUUUUGAGGAAAUAUGCUGAAAAAUACAAUGUCUCCAUACCUGAAUUCAGAGAUCUUUACAAUUCACAGAAGGUUCACGAACCAGAUUUGGAUGUUUUCUUCUUACAUGAUCGUGGUGUAAGAGAAAGUGGUCAUGACACCACGUAUAGGUUUGAAAAUGUUUGUGCUUAUCUAGCCACGAUUGAUUUGAAUUCGUUGUUAUAUAAGUAUGAAGUGGACAUUGCCUAUGUUAUCAAGAAAUACUUUGGGGAUAAUUUCGAAGGAUUGCCAGAAGGUCAUAGAACUUCUAACGACUGGGAGAAGUUGGCUGAAGUUAGAAAGGAAAGAAUUGACAAAUAUCUAUGGGAUGAAGAAACUGGUUUCUACUACGACUAUAAUGUAAAGACUGAGAAAAGAACGAGUUAUGAAUCAGUUACAACAUUCUGGGCCCUUUGGGCGGGGAUGUCUUCACAGGAGCAAGCACAAAGAAUGGUUGAGAAUGCCUUGCCAAAACUUGAGGAGUUCGGUGGAUUGGUAGCAUGUACUGCGCGCUCCCGUGGUGAGCUCAGUUUGGAUAGACCAACAAGACAGUGGGACUAUCCAUUCGGUUGGGCUCCACAUCAGAUAUUGGUUUGGGAUGGUCUAGUCCGUUAUGGUUAUGAAAAUCACACUAGACGCCUUGCUUAUAGAUGGUUGUUCUUAAUGACAAAAGCAUUCGUCGAUUAUAACGGGAUUGUCGUUGAAAAAUACGACGUCACAAGGGGUACAGACCCUCACAGAGUUGAUGCUGAAUAUGGUAAUCAAGGUGCAGACUUUAAAGGUGUUGCUACUGAGGGCUUCGGAUGGGUGAAUUCAAGUUACCUGUUAGGAAUGAAGUAUAUGAAUAAUUUUGCCAGAAGGGCAUUAGGUACUUGCGUCACUCCAAAAGUAUUCUUUGGAAGACUACCACCAAAAGAAAAGAAGAAAUAUGGUUUAGAAUGA